CACGUGCGGAGUCGAACGCGGUGUGAAGCGAAUCCAGCGCGGGUUUCCAGGCUGCCAUUCAUACAACACGAGGAAGGGUUGCCAGUUUGACUUUAACGUUUUCGUAGCAAGAGGAAUGUGGAGUUGGUUGGAGAAAAUGGGAAUCCGUAGACGUGAAAAGUGAUACGGAAGGACUACAACACCGAAGCAACAGAUCAACUGACAGUGAAGUCCCGUGCAGUUGCAUAGUACUGAUGGACUUCGAGGUGAAUGCAUGGCUUGCAGGAUUGACAUAUCUGGUUGCAAUGCCAUUCUACAUCCGUCUCCAUAUACCUGAAGUAUAUGGCCGUAACGAUUUCGGAAAUCGUAAGGAAAUGGAACCCGGAAAGAAGAGCGAUAAUGGCUGGAAAACGAAACUCAAAGAAGGAUUGACUUGGAGGAAGGAGCUGAUACCCAUCAAGGUUAUCUACUUCCUCUUCAUGGGAGGCGCCACGGGUUUCCUGCCAUACUUGACGCUUCACAUGCAGACGCUGGGCAUCACUGUCAAGGAAAUCGCUGUUAUCUAUGCCUUCCUGCCGAUCGCCUCUUUGCUCGGGCCACCGCUAUCAGGCAUCAUCGCGGACAAGUUUGGCAAGUACAAACUCGUCGUAUGUUUUAACACUCUGCUGUGUGUCGUCUUCCACGUGUCGCUCCUAUACGUGCCUGUUCGUCCCACCAACUCGCUCACUUUUGCUUGUGGACCAAACGGCCAUGCUCUCACCUGGUCGUCUUGUGAUCUAUGCCACGACCUUCGAAACUCUACUGAUCUUCAUAUGGUCUUGAAGAACUGCAACUUCCUCUGCGAGACAAGUGCAACAGAAGCGCACCUUUGUUCCUCACUUCAAAGCGACAAUUCCUGCAUCUCCUUCAAUAUUACAGAAGAGCUGAAUAUCAACGCAACUGUAUUAUCGUGGAGAGAAAAUAACACGUGUUCACAUACGUCGUCUAACCUGACGCAUAGUGAACAGGAGUUCCAGGGCCUCGUUUGCCCCUCAGGCUGUCCUCUCGAGUGCCAAGUGACGGUGCUAGAGCAGUGCCAACAUCCUGACGAUCCUUCUAACAGUCCUAGAACAUUCUGGGCCUACUUUGGCCUUCGUAUGAUCAGCACCUUCUUCCUGGCUUCGGCUUUUACUAUGCUAGAUGCCACAACAUUAGCCAUCAUCAAGGAACACAAAGCAGACUUUGGGAAGCAACGUGUCCUUGCGACCAUAGGUACGGGGAUCGUGCCCCUCAUAACUGGCAUCAUACUCGACAAGCACAGUGCCAAUAUAGGCUAUACGGACUACAUGCCUGCCUUUUACCUAGGCUGCGGACUUAUCGUCAUAGCAGGGCUACUCGUGACUCGCCUCCAGUUCACGGUGGAGACCUCCAGUGAAAACUUGAUGCAAGAUCUGAAAGAGCUGGUGACGAAGGUGGAGAUCGACGUCUUCCUGGUCAUGGUCCUCGUCCUCGGGUCCAAUUGGGGCUUCAUCGAGAGCUACCUGUUCGUCUUCCUCAGAGAACUCAAAGCUCCGAAUUAUCUCUUGGGUCUCACCCUAACCGUGGGCUGCAUGGUGGGCAUCCCUGUUAUGUUCAUUGCUGACAAGGUCGUCGAAAUGAUGGGUCGACCUGCAAUCUUCGUCCUGUCUUUCGUGUGCUACGCGGUCAGGCACUUGGGAUACGCUUAUUUAACAGACCCGUGGCUGGUGUUUCCUUACGAAAUGUUGGAGGUCUUCACUUACCAGGUGAUGUGGGUAGCCGUGGUCACCUACUGCCCCCUCCUCGCUCCCAAAGGACUCCUGGCCACGAUGACAGGACUUACGGGCGCGACGCACUAUUCGCUGGGCCGUGGCGUUGGGGCGCUCUUUGGAGGCUACCUGAUUUCGAACUACGGCCUCUCAGCUGCCUUCAGGAUCUUCGCCUACAUUUCCCUGGCUGGAGCGGCCCUUUAUAUCUUCGUCUAUUAUGUCUACCUUAAGAGGAAGAUGGCUGAAAAGGAAAAGGAAUUAAACGCAGGAAAGAAGCAGGGAAAUUCGGAGGAAGGGAAGCCCAUGCUGGCAUGCGAAGGGUUCCCGUGUUAUUGUCGUAGCUACCAAGAAACCUGAUCAAGAUUCUGCUACAUAAGGCUGCUACGUCUUUCGGCAAAUCUAGUGGAUAUUCGUGUGUUUAUUUACGUGCUUCUGUGUGUUUUUGUGUAGAUGUCUGUAUCUGCGCUUAAGAUGCUGUUUGCUGAGUGUGUGUGAUUGUUUUUGUACUUGUAUAAGUGUAUGUAGUAAUAUUUUGUAUUCUUGAUCGUUUUAUAAGCGUUCUUGCAUUUUCUAUUCUAAAUUUAAUACCGUCUCCUGGGACGGCGUUUUCGACUUUAAGAUAUGCAGAGGCGAUUAUAUAACGGCUAUCCCAAUAACCGUAUUAAUCAGGGUAGUACGUUGUGCAUGUGUACAUUUCUAUGUCAUAACUAGUACAAGUUGUAUAACAAAUAAAAUAAUAUAUUUAAUUUACACACACACACACACACACACACACACACACACACACACACACACACACACACACACACACACACA